AAGGUGACGCCUCCAUGGCCGGUUAGCGGCGAUGUUGGUGAGGCGGGGAGCGGGGUUUCUGUGCGGCCUCCGUGCUCGGGGCUGGGCCCAGCUGCUGGGGAGCCGAGGCUGUAGGGAAUGCUCGUCCGCCAGCGGGCAGCAGGAGUCCGGGCCUCCAGAUCUGUACGAUGUGGUGAUCUCCGGCGGCGGGAUGGUCGGCACGGCCAUGGCCUGCGCUCUGGGUGGGUCUGGGCCUGGGCUCUGGGGUAGGAGGAUCCUUCUACUGGAGGCUGGGAAUAAAAAACAGAGAAAGUUGCCAGAACUACACAGUAACCGAGUGAGUGCCCUUACUCCAGGCUCUGCGGCUUUCUUAGACCGUUUUGGAGCUUGGGAUCAUAUUUGCAACAUGAGAUACAAGCCAUUCAAGAGGAUGCAGGUUUGGGACGAGUGCUCGGAUGCAAUGAUCACCUUUGAUAAAGCUGACCUGGUGGAGGACAUGGGCUUUAUUGUUGAGAACGAUGUGAUAUUGACAGCUUUAUCAAAGCAGCUGGCAGCUACUGCAGAUCAUGACCGGGUUCAAUUCUAUAAGAGCAGAGCGGUGAAGUACACCUGGCCUGAACCCUACCAGUUGCCUAACAGCAAACCAUGGGUGCAGAUUGAAUUGGCUGAUGGGAGUAAAAUGGAGACCAAGUUACUGAUUGGGGCAGAUGGCCCAAACCGAUGGUACGGCAGUCUGCCAGCAUUCAAAACUGUGCAGUGGAAGUAUGAACAGUCUGCUGUGGUUGCAACCCUCCACCUUGCUGAGCCCACCGACAACAAUGUGGCUUGGCAGCGGUUCCUGGUGACUGGACCAAUCGCGAUGCUCCCGCUCUCCGAUAACCUCAGCUCCUUGGUGUGGUCGACCUCCCACCAGCACGCAUCCGACUUGCUCAGCGUGAACGAAGAAACGUUUGUGGAUGCCAUCAAUUCGGCUUUUUGGACUAACGAGAAUCACUCUGAAUUCGUCGCUACUGCCAGCUCCAUGUUCAAGACGGCAUUUACGUUCCUGAAUGCCACGGGCACGUCGGCACGCCAACUGCCACCAAGUGUGGCUCGCAUCGACCCAAAGAGCACUAUGUUCCCACUUGGGCUGGGCCAUGCCACCGAGUAUGUUGGAUCGCGAGUUGCCCUCAUCGGUGAUGCUGCCCACAGUCACCCAUUGGCAGGCCAGGGAGUCAACCUGGGCUUUGGGGACGUGGCCUGUCUCUCUCAGCACCUCAGUGAGGCAGCCUUCAAUGGCAAAGACCUAGCAUCACUGGUCUGGUCCCCGUCAGCCAUGUUAACCAAGGAGCUGGCUCAGGCCUUUAUAUUCCUGCAGCAUUGCCUUGGCAGAGGCAACAAUCUCCCCAUCAUGGCUGCAAUAGACAUGCUGAAGAGGCUGUAUUCAACCAAAAGUACGCCCGUGGUCUUACUGAGGAGUCUUGGCCUGCAAGCAACAAAUGCCCUUGCACCCAUUAAGGAGCAGAUCAUGGCGUUUGUCAGUAAAUGAAUCGUAUUCUGCAACUGCUCCAGGCCUCGUGUCUCCAGAGGAUGCUGAGAGUGCUGGCAGCUAGAAGCUUUAAGUUCCUGCUGUUUGACCUGUAGCAUUGAAUUAUAAUCUUUUGUAAUUUAUUGAUAUUGAAUACGUGGUAAAUAUAAAAACUGGCUUGUACAGCCUCAAUUUCUUACCCUCCAUUCAGGUGUGGUCUUUUUGUGGCAUAUUGGUGACACUGGUCAAGGUCAGCAUUUAUUGCUCAUUUCUGAUUAAGAUUACAGAGCUGGGCAGUGCAUAUAGUAAGGUGCUCCCAUGGUGGUAAUAGAACACGGAACAGGAUCAAGCCAUGUGGCCCACCCUUGCUGUGCUGACCACAAUGCAAUCUAACUAAUCCCAUCUCCCUGCACUUGGUCUCUAUCCCUCCAUGCCUGUUCAUGUCUGUCUAAAUGCCUCUU